UGAAACAAAUACUACUACUAUUUGUCCUACUACUGGACCUUAUUCCGGAUCCAGUGGACAUCACACCAGCGACACCCUGGAUGAGGGUUUCCAAGCUCUCCUGGAUAGACUAAAAAGUAUGGUAUCGGAGGAAAACCACCUAAACCCUUGGUGCUUUAUGAAUGACCCUCAGUGGGGUACAGACGAAGAUAGACCACGCCCACUUGAAGACACUGAAGGGAGAUUAAAGGGAACACAGUGGUGUCAGUGUGGAAACUGCAAGCAAAUGAGUUCCUUGGAGGAAAGCAUUUGCUGCCACGAAUUUAGAUCAAUGGAUGGUAUAAGAGAAGGUCUACAAUGUAUAAUACAGCAUGAAGGAUUUCAAAGUAGGAUUCAUUCGAGAGAUUUUUUAAUCGAGAUUCUUCAAGCCAGCACCAGAAUGACCCAACAAGAAUUUGAAAGAAUUGAAAACAGGUGUCUGAGAUGGGCAAGCUAUCGUAAGUUUACCAACCUAGUUUAUGGUUUUCUUGGAAAGGGUCACCGCAUUCCUGUGCCUUCUUGUGUCGUGUCGAAGAUAAGAGAAUUGUACCCAGACCACGAGGGGAACUACACAGGAUUCAGAUGGUACUCAGAAUACGCAACGGGUGACCUGCAAACUCAUCAUAAUUUCUAACUGUCUGGAAAGUGUA